AUGGCUUACAAGGUGGCGCUGAUGGCGGCUGCGCUGGCGGCGGCGCUGGGCGCGGCGCGCGCGGGGCUGCUGGGUGUACCCACGGCCGUGGGCUACACGGCGGCGCCCGUCUUCGGCUCCGCGGCCUUCGGGUCGCCGGCCUUCGGCUCGCCCGCGGUGGCCGUGCGCGCGCCGGCCGUCGCCACGCAGACGGGCAACAUCGUGCGCACGCCGGGCAACCUCGGGCAGGUGUCGACGCAGUCGAAGACGGUGGACACGGCGUUCUCGAGCGUGCGCAAGGCGGACGUGCGGGUGAGCAACGACGCGCUGGCCUUCCCCGGCGGCACGGUGCACGCCGUCCACGCCGCGCCGCCCGUCGCGUACGCCGGGCCCGGCGUCGCCAAGGCGGCCGCCCCCGCCGGCGCCGCCGCCGCCGGCCACGCGCUGCUCGGCGUCGCCUACUCCGCCGCCCCCGCCGUCGCACACAUGACCUUCGACGGCCUGGGCAUCAGCUACGCCUACUGA